GUGGGAGUGAUUUUUUCCCUCCCUUCCUCCUCUUUUGGACACACUGCCCACCAUGAAGAUGCUGCUGCUCCUGGUUGCUCUGCUCUCUGCCGCCCUGCUAGCCAGCGCUGCCCCUCCGACCUGCUACUCCAGGGUGCUGGCUCUGAGCAAGGAAAUCACAGAGUCCUUUAAGGAGCUGCAGACCUCCAAGACUGUGGACUCGUGUGUGGGGACGCUGCCCAGGCUGUACUUGGACAUACACAAUUACUGUGUCUUGGCAAAACUCCGUGACUUUGUGGCCUACCCUGGGUGUGACAGAGUGGUUGAAGUGAAUGAGCUGAAGGAAAAAGCCCGGAGCCUGUACACCAUCUUGAUCUCCUACUGCAGAAGGGACCUGGUGUUCCUCACUGAUGACUGUAAUGCUCUGGAAAUUCCCAUUUCACCUCCCAUUGAACACUCCACUGAGAGCUAAAAGACAGUUAACCCAAAAGGUAGACCUGGGAAAGUUUCAAGGAGACCAAAAGUCAAAAUAUGUAUAUGCAGUCUAUAACAUUAACAACUAAGAUAUUUUUCAAGCACACUAGUAAUAUAAUCUCAGACCUACCCAUUUUUCUCUGUCUUGGCAGGAAAUGAAUUGCAUGCCUUGCAUACCUACUGAGCUGCUAGGGUACCUACCAUUAGGGAGCAGUUUUUCGUUUGGCAAGGUACAAUAUUUC